UGCCAGUGAAGGAGCAUGUCACUGUAGUUAGCAGGGAGCUUUCCUACCCCUGAGACCGUCUCUAUAAAGGCCCGCGACACGUGCACUCUACGAGUUAAAGCCACACGACACUGCCUCAGACAAGCUCAUUCUCACCACCGCAAUGGGUUCGCAAAGCCCUACCAAUGCGAACGACCGCCCGCGCCUGACCGAGGCCCAGAAGAAGGAAAACCACAUUCGCUCAGAGCAGAAGCGCCGCGAAGCCAUCCGCGAAGGCUUCGAUCGCCUGGCAUCGAUCGUACCUGGAAUGGAAGGACAAGGACGCAGCGAGGCAGUAGUACUGGAGGCUACAAUCAAGUACAUGCGCGAGAAGAUUGUGGAGCGCCAGAAGACCGUCGCAGAUGCGCAGGCACAGGGCAUCAACACAUCAGCAUGGGACUUGCCCAAGGAGACACUGGACGCUUGCGCGGCGCAACUACAAAGGACGAAGAACGAGGAAGCUCAGAUGGACGACAUCAACGGGAAGAGCUAGGAUAUGACUUCCCGGAGAUGUCUGGACAAUCAGACGAGAGAAAAGCUGCAUAAAAUCUCUGUGAGCAUAAGUCCCUGCGCUUGCCAGUCAGUGCACUAUGGAGAGUGUAACAAAAGAGCCCGAGAACACGUUGUACAUAACGACAAGUCUUGGCUGGCCAUGCGUUUCUACGAGUCUGCAAACUUGUGGAAGGCUUGCAGGCUGUAUCAUUAUCCGGCGACAUGCGUCGCACAGUGGCUACGGCGGG